AUGGCACCAGCGUCAUUAUUGGACCUUGUGGCCGCGCUGCCCGAUACCCAAACAUGGGGACCGCCAGUCACGGACGAGACGAUGCUCGAAGGCGUUCCCUUUGCGCCCUACUCAAAGGCGGAUAAAUUGGGUCGUAUGGCCGACUGGACUGAGGGCAAGGACCGCGAGCGGGGAGGACGUCAGCAGUAUGGGAACCGCAACUACAGGGACCAACAAGUAUACGGCGCGAACCAGCAGACCAACCCCUUCGCUAUUCAGGCUGCCGAGGAGGAGGCUACCUUCUCCGUUGUAGACAACACCCGAACAUCAGCCCGUGGCCGAGGAUUUGGACGAGGAGGCGGCACGGUUUUCCGUGGACGAGGAGGACAGCGUGGUGGUCAGGCACAACGUGGAGGACGGGGUACCUUCCAGCGCGUUGGUGGACGUGGUGGACAGCAGUACGACAACCAGCGCGGUGGUCGCGGUGGCAGAGGAGGACGUCGCUUUGGCUGGAGAGAUGACAAGCCUCAGCGCAACCGUGACGCUUCCGUCCAGGUCAAGCCCGAGUGGAACGUCAAGGAGGAGAUUGACUUCUCGCGCCUCAGUAAGCUUAACCUGGAUACCCACGAGGGUGAGGACAUCGACAGCUACGGUUUCCUCUACUACUACGACCGCAGCUACGACAAGCAACCUGGUGCCAAGACCUCAGAGCGCAGACUCAAUGUUCUCGACCGUGCUGCCUACAAUGUCACCACCUCGAGCGAUCCCAUCAUGCAGGAGCUUGCAGACAAAGACGAGGCCACUGUCUUUGCCACCGACGGUGUCCUUUCGAUGCUCAUGUGCGCCACAAAAUCCGUCUACUCCUGGGACUUGGUCUUUACCAAGAGGAACAACAAGGUCUUCAUUGACAAGCGCGACGGAUCCAGUUUGGACAUGGUCACUGUCAACGAGAACGCCGCCGAUGCGCCACUUGAGAUCUCUGAAGGAAACAAGGACUCGAUCAACAGCCCGGGUGCUCUUAUGCUCGAAGCCACUCACAUCAACAACGUUUUCCCUCUCCAGGUUGUUUCCGAGUCAGAAACCAACAAGGUCAACAUGCCCCACGAGCACCCAUUUUACAACGAAGAAGUUGAGACCGACCCGCCCGCGUCCAAGGCUUACAGGUAUCGCCGAUUCGACCUGUCCCUGGAGAAGGAUGAGGAGCCUCUGCAUUUGAUUGUCCGAACAGAGCUCGAUGCCGUUGUCAAGAACAACAUCAACGGCGAGGAUCAAUACCUGACCAUCAAGGCACUGAACGAGUUCGACAACAAGGCCCAAGGUGCUGGCGGUGCUCUUGACUGGAGGACCAAGUUGGCCAGCCAAAGGGGUGCUGUUCUUGCUACCGAGAUGAAGAACAACUCUUGCAAGCUUGCUCGAUGGACUGUGCAGAGUAUCUUGGCCAAGGCUGACACCAUGAAGCUCGGUUUCGUAUCCCGUACUAACCCCAAGAACAACAACGACCAUGUCAUUCUCGGUGUUCUAACCAACAAGCCCCGCGACUUUGCCGCCCAAAUGGCACUCAACCUUAACAAUGGAUGGGCUAUCGUCCGUACUAUUGUCGACAUGGUACUCCGCAUGGAAGAGGGCAAGUAUGUUCUUGUCAAGGACCCUAACAAGUCCCUUCUCCGCUUGUACUCGGUGCCUAUGCAUACUUUCGAGGAAGAGGAUGUUGAGGAGAUGCAAGCACCGGCCGAGGAAGAUGAGGAGUAAUUAUCGGACAGGAAAAUGGGUAGUAUUUCUUUUCUUUCAACGAUAUCCGUAGGGUUGGUUCCAUGAGCACAUGCAUGAUAAAUGACACAUCAUUGAAUGAUGAUACUCAACGGACGUUGUCCAUUCUACAUGACAGUUAUCAUUUUACCAAGACAACAUGAGAUCUGACUUGAAAAUACUUCUUCAUUAACA